AUCAGAUGUUUGUUGCUUCGAAUUUGAUGCUCCCGUGACAAGCAACAAAUUGCAGUCGUUUGAGAGUUUACGUAAGUGGCAGCCACAGUCAUCACAACUGUCGAGAACGAAAUAGUGAGAUACAUUUCCGCUGACCUAUCGAAGAUGCAGAGAGGGACGCCGUUUUCGCUGCUCCUUUUAGGAGCAAUUUUAGUCGCCCUGAGCCAGGCCGAGUUUAUCAGGGUGCCACUGACGAAGAUCCAGAAAUCCAGGGAAGUGCUGCGGGAGGUUGACACCGAUAUUUCCCUUCUGAAACAACGAUUUGAACACAUGGCUGUUGGAGGACCGGUGCCGGAGCCUCUUUCGAACUAUCUCGAUGCUCAAUACUAUGGCCCAAUCAGUAUUGGCAAUCCUCCGCAGAAAUUCCGCGUAGUUUUCGACACUGGCUCUUCAAAUCUCUGGGUGCCGUCCAAGAAAUGCCACCUCACAAGUAUUGCUUGUUUGCUUCACAGCAAAUACGAUAGCAGCAAGUCCACAACAUACGAGAAGAAUGGCACUUCUUUUGCCAUCCAGUACGGUUCUGGGAGCCUCUCUGGAUUCCUGUCGCAAGACAAUGUUCAGGUCGGUGGGCUCAACGUGCAAAAACAGGUAUUUGCCGAGGCCACCAGCGAACCAGGCUUGGCCUUUGUUGCCGCCAAGUUUGACGGAAUUCUUGGUAUGGCCUACAACUCGAUCUCUGUUGAUGGCGUCGUUCCUGUCUUCUACAACAUGUACCAGCAGGGACUUGUGCCUGCUCCUGUCUUCUCGUUUUACCUGAGCAGAGACCCUGAAGCUGCUCAGGGUGGUGAAAUUAUCCUAGGCGGCUCCGACCCCAAGCACUACAAGGGCGAAUUCACCUACCUACCUGUUGACAAGCAGACCUACUGGCAGUUCAAGAUGGACAAAGUCAAGGUUGGCGCCAACGAAUUCUGCAAGAACGGCUGCGAAGCUAUUGCUGAUACUGGCACUAGCUUGAUUGCCGGCCCUGUCGAGGAAGUUACCAAGCUGAACCAGGCCAUUGGCGCUACACCUAUUGUCGGUGGAGAGUACAUGAUUGACUGCAACCUCAUUCCUCAACUUCCCGAGAUCACUUUUGUCCUUGGCGGCAAGGAGUUUGUACUUGAAGGCAAAGACUACGUUCUCAGGGUUUCUCAAAUGGGCAAGACACUCUGCCUAUCUGGAUUCAUGGGCAUCGACAUCCCACCUCCUCAUGGUCCUCUGUGGAUUUUGGGAGAUGUGUUCAUCGGCAAAUACUACACAGAGUUUGACAUGGGAAACAACCGAGUUGGAUUUGCUGAGUCUGUGUAAUCAAAAGUUGCUACAAAUGCGCCUGAUAACAAGAGAGCAUAGGUUAUCCACUAAUGCUGUUGUUUUGUACGCCAUUAUAAUUUUGCCAAUAAAUAUAUUGUGGUUGAAAAAAAGCCAAAGAAAUAAAA